CUCAUAUUAUUUUAUAAACUCACAUUCAGCACAAUCACACACAAUUGAUCUUUUAUUAUUAUUAUUAUACAUAAGAUAGUAAAAAUGCUUUCCACCAGUGUAUAUUCUUAUUAAAAAUUAUUCAUAUUUUUCUUACUAAUACAAUCGAGUGAAUUCACCAAAAUUCAAAUGAAUCAUUUAAACAACUGUUUGUAAAUAACAUUGAAUGUGUAACUUUAUGACUUAUAGAAAUAAAUGUACUAGUUCCAUUCAUACUAAUAAUGUGUACAGUAUGAAUACGCUUACCUAACAUCACUAAUAAAUAUAUUGUUAUCAGCACUGUCUGUCUAGAAUUGAUAAUAAUAAUAAUAACAACCUGAUAGGUUAUAAAUCACCAUCAUCAUCUUGCUGUUUUACGGUUUCUGCGUGUGUGCUUUGUCUGAGUUAAACACAAAGAAAGCAACCAAAAAACGAAAAAUCGAUUCAUUCAAAAAGGUUUAUAUAUUAACAAGAAAUGUAUACACAUUGUCAUUGGACUCCAAUAGCUAUGCCAGAAAUGUGUGGACCACUGGUCGGUGAACAUGCGGGUUUAAUACAUGCUUGUUCUGAUACAUUGAGACAAUACUGUGAAAGUCUUUGGUAUUCAGGCUUAGAAUACAAGCGUCCAACUCAUGAAGAAAUUUUAGCCAAAUGUGGAAUAUUAUUCUACAGCCAACCAAUACCCGCUAACAUACUGUACGCAUUUUACUAUCAACUGGAAAACUUGUUUGCUAUGAGUAAGGUUAUUCAUUCAAUUCGUACUGUAAUGGAUUGGUUAGAUGCAACAGAAAAUCAUGCAUCUAGAAUAUUAUCAAUUUAUGAAAUGAAUUCACAGUUAAAUCAUUUCGAAGAGACUUUGGCGGAUCAUUUAAAAGCGCUUAAAUUAUGUGAUCGUUUACUGGACAAUUUAGGAUCUAUUUAUCAUCGUGUACGUCCACUAGCCAAAGGACAAACUGUACUGGCUAGAGCUUUAACAGAUUUUGAGUCAAAACAGAUGAAAUGUAAACUGAAUGUCAAUCAUUUUUAUCGGGUUACGUCAAAUCGAAAUCCUCAUGCAUGGCAGAUUAGUAAUCCUGGACAUAUGACACCAUCAUUAUUCCUUGAUGUUUCAACUGAAUAUGGAGAAAAACUGAUGCUUAAACGACUUCAGAAAAGAUUUGAAGAAUUUCUUAUCAUGUGUCAUGGUCGUGCUCGUCGUCAAUUAUUCUCACGAAUCACAAAGCUACUACAUAAUUCUAAACGUUAUUCAACUCUUCCUGCAAUGUUUAAACCAAGUGAUUCUACAGAGCCAACAAACCCUCUGGACGGUCUUUACUUUCCACGUUCACCAGAUCCAGAUAAACGUUGGCGUCCAUCGAACAAUGCCAAGCUUAUAUCUCGUCAACCCACUUAUUUAAAUUAUGAAAGUCCACAAGAAGCUUUACUACCUCAUACAAUACGUAUCCUGCUGACACGUUUACGUAAUUGGUUGCAUCAAUUACCACCUCCAGCGGUUAUAAUGGAUGGUUCAAAAUCAGGGACAAUCAAUUCAAACAAAUCACAGUCGAAUAAUUUUAAUCUAAUGCAAGGAAGUAAUGUGGUCAAUGAACUACGUAAAUGGUGGAAAUUUACGCAUAAUACAGCUGAAAAUCGUGAUCAGUUAGAAAAGAUUGUUGCAGAUGCUACUUUUAUAAAAAGAUUGAAUGAUAUUAUGCAAACGAAACUAAAUAUUGAAGUGGAGAAGCAUAGAAAACAAUAUGAAUCCAAUAAAAAUUUAACUAAUUCAUGUGCUUUUGAAACUCAUCCAAAACUAACUAAAGUUCUUGUCGAUGAACUUCUUUCAAGAAUUGGAGCCCAAUUUUAUCAUCCACGAUCUGGACAAUUCAGUUAUCGAAGUACUCAACGUGCAGUGGAUGGUAGUGAAAUAGCGCUGCCUUAUUCCCUACCUGGAGUUCAAAUAUUUCAUCGAUUAAUUCAUGACGGUGAUUAAUAUUCUUUUAUAAUUGGUUUCCAUUUUUUUCUCUUUUUGUCUUCAUUCCUUCAUCGUGAUAAUUGUUCACUAGUUUGUACAGUCAUUUGUUGUUGUUGUUUAACCUGACUAGUGAAUAUUGAAAGCGCGUAAAUUAUAAUUGAAAAUUGAACACUUAACAUUUAACCUUUAACCAGUUAUAGUCAUGACCGAAAAGAUAAAGAAUUGCACAGAUUAUGUAAAUUACGCACUUGAAUAAUAUUCUAAAUACUUUUUGAAAUGGUUUAAUUUAUACUAUUUAGGGGUUUUAAA